AUGCGCACAAAAAGAACCUUCAUCGAAGAGUUUACAUCACGUGAAGAUCCGUCAGUGUUUAUUCGGAAUCUCGUACUUCGACCCGGACGAACUCCCACAGCCGAUGAAAUUAUCAAACGUGGCCUUUUGGGCUAUACUCGGCAAAAGGUAUCCGGUGAAAAAUUCCUUCUGCCACCGGUACGACCGACAGAUGCUAAUAAGAAGUGCCUUAUCAUCGACCUCGAUGAGACGCUGGUCCAUUCCUCUUUUAAGCCGGUUAAGAAUCCGGAUUUUGUGAUUCCGGUAGAGAUCGACGGCAUCGUUCAUCAAGUGUACGUGCUGAAGCGACCAUAUGUGGACGAGUUUCUCGCUCGAAUCGGUGAUCGAUACGAGUGUGUACUGUUCACGGCCAGUCUUGCCAAGGUGAACAACUUAGCCAAUCAAGUUGACACCGUUUGGUACGCUGAUCCGGUCGCUGAUCUUCUCGAUAAGCGCGGUGUGUUUCGAUCUCGAUUGUUCAGAGAGGCAUGCGUCUAUCACAAAGGAAAUUAUGUUAAGGAUUUGGCGCGGCUCGGUAGGGAUCUGAGUAAGGUGCUGAUUAUAGAUAACUCACCAGCUAGCUACUCAUUCCAUCCGGAAAAUGCGAUUCCGGUACCAACGUGGUGGGAUGAUCCGUCAGACGUUGAACUGCUUGACAUUCUACCGCUUUUGGAACGUCUCGAAAAAGCCGAAUCCAUUUAUGAAGUGCUGAAACAUGAAGAUGCACCAUCCGAGCCGUUGUUAGAGCGAACGCAAUGA